UCACUUCUUAAUAACUAAGUAAAGGGAAAAAAAUAUUGUCAAUUGGAACAUUUGAGCGGUACAACUUGAGAUGCAAAAUACCUUUUUCCAUAUAAAUACAUAUAUGUGCUAGCUAGGGUUAGGGUUAGGCACCAAAAAAGCUAAACCUUUAAUUCUAGUACUUGCUCACUUUCUUUUGAUGAAUAAAGUAGUCAGAAAUUUAGGGCAUCUGAGAUAUCGAGGAAUUGUACGUGGGUCGUUUCUGAAUUAGUGUUUUGAAGGAUGCAGAAACUUCGAGUGGUAGUGAAGAGAGAUUGCUCCAGCAGAAGCUCUAAUAGUACUACCUCAUCUUCGGUCGUUAGAACUGUACGGUACGUAGAGUGCCAAAAGAAUCAUGCGGCAAAUAUAGGAGGAUAUGCGGUGGAUGGAUGCCGGGAGUUCAUGGCGAACGGCAUGGAGGGAACAAAUGGUGUGUUAACAUGUGCCGCUUGUGGCUGUCAUCGGAGUUUCCACCGAAGGGAAGUGGAAACCGAGGUAGUUUGUGAGUAUUCUCCACCUAAUUGAUCCGUUCGUUAGAAACGGAAUGAUUCUUUUCAUCGUUGUAAACUUUCCCCAAUUAAUUGAUAUAUAUAAGCCCUCUUUCAAAUAGAAA